AUGUCAAAUAAGAAUACAAUGCUAUCUGGAUUACCACCAACAACAGAUGAUAACGAAGCCGAUGUAUUAAAUGACGAAACAUUUGGUGAUUGUGAUUUGGAUGCAAUCAAAAUAAAAUCUGAUUUUGGUGAAAACGGAGAAUUUCUUGGUGAUUUUUCAUCAGAACGCUUACCGGAUUUCUUCGAUUCAGACAUACUCGACGAAGGUGGUGGCGGAGGUAUUUCACUUGUUGAUAAUGAUAAUGAUCAAUCUCAACAACCAUCGAUUGAUGCUCUACUUGGUGAAGAUCCAAUGUCAAUGUCAGCACUAUCGAUGAAUCUUCGUCAAGCAACUAUGAAUCCGUUAUUUAAUAUGGCUAUUUCACAAGCAAGUACACCUAAUCAUGGAAGUAUUUUUUCUCAACAACCAAUACCACAUAUGGCACCACCUCCGCAGCAGCAACAACAACAACAACCACAACAAAUAAAUUAUCAAUUAUUAAAACAAUUUGAACAAAUGUUAAUUAAUCGACAAAUUCCAGCACACGAACGAAUUAUUUAUAUACAAGCUAUGAUUGAAAAAAUGCAUCGUGAUACAUUAAAUAUUCAACAACAACCAACAACACGACUAUCAAAUAUAAACGGUCAUGGUCGAACUCUCAAUAACAACAAUUUAGCAUAUGAUCAACGUGAAGGAACACGUUCAAUGCCUAUUGGUGAAAUGAUGGAACGAGCUCGUUUAUCAGCUAUGAAUAUAAAUAAUUCACGUUCACAAUCACCAACAGUUGCGAAUAGUGCAAUGUCAUCUCAAUUUAUGGAUGCUAUUCAACGAUCUGAUCAAAUUCCUAUUGUUGAUAAUCAUCAUCAACAAAAUCGAGUCAAUCAAACAUUAUUAUCAUCAUCAUCACCAACACCGCUUGAUACAAUUGUUAGUCCAUCACAUCAUCAUCAUAAUCAAUCACGACAGAAUCGACCAGCAAAACACUAUCCUCGACCACCACUUCUUAAUACAUGGCAAGGACGUGGUUCUGGUCACGAUGAAUUUGCUGGUAUGAUGAACGAUCGUGAAAAACAAUGGGUUGUAAAAAUUCAACUUCAUCAAGUCUCGCAAACAAAAGAAGAAGAUUAUUAUUUUCAUAAAUGGUCACAACAAAAACAUCACACACAGCAAGCUCACGGGAAUCAAUCGAAUCGUCAUGGUCAUCGAGGACAAAGAAUUAGUUACCCAGUGCUUCAGCUGUUAAAAUCGAUUCAACAAGAAAAUGAACUUGCUCAACGUUUAUCUCAAACAUCAACACAAGCAACAUAUUCUAAUGUAAAUCCUGCUCAUGCUUUACCGUAUGCAUUACCAUUAUCAACCCAACUUGGUAAACAAUCGGUAGCUACGCCUCGACAUCCAAGAUGUAUUCUUCAUCUCGAUGGUGCAUUUUCAUUGGGUCGACAAGCCAAUGCAAUUACACAUGAUAAAUAUACUCUAGGGCUUUUACUAAAUCUUGAAAAUUUAUAUCGUGAUAUGUUACAAUUGGAUAAUAAUACGGAUAGUGAAACGUCGUCAGUAUCAAAUAAUAUAGAAUCAAAACAAUUGCUUAGUUCAAUUAUUGAUGCUUAUUUGAAUCAUAAAAAUUAUCUAUUCGGUGAUAUGUUUGGUCAAUUCAAAAAAGGUCAACUUAUUCUCGAGCAUUUAUAUCCAUAUUUAAAAAGCACAAAUCAUCUUGAAUCGAUGUUUAUUCAUCUUUAUAGUUCAUUAAGUUAUAUGGUUCGUCAAUGGCCAACAACAUUUCAUAUUGAACCAUCUGUUGUGAAUACAAUUCAUAUUAUGCUACAACAAGUUAAUGCGAAUAAAUCAACAUUUGAACAAUUAUUAACUCAAGUGUAUAUUUACUAUAACGAACAAAUCAAGGCAAAACUUGUUGAAAUUGAUUCUAGUGCAUUAGCUGAAUCGUCAAGUCCAUUUUCUGAUCCUGCAUUAUUCACGAAUUCCUUUACUGUAACUAUUUUAAUUGAACUUCUAUUAAAUUUGGAACGCCAUUGUUAUUUAUUACCGGAUGCGAAUUCUUCGAAUUUACCUAUACAAAUUUUUCAACAAUUACAACCCCAAUUACAAUAUCAAUUAACUGAACAAGUUCGUUUAGUUGUUACUGAUAUUUGCCAAGCACUUGUUGCUUGUUCGUCGCCAUUGAAAAAAAUGCUUCGACCAUUUGCACAAGCAAAACAUCAACAAUUCGGUUUACUUUGCAAAUUUCUUCGUAUACAAAUUUCUCAACAAGUUUAUGCUACAUUGGAACCAAAACUUAUCUUUUGUUGCAUCAAAGAAAAUUAA